GACUUCCAAUGAUGUCAGAGGUGAGAUGAAACUUUAUGGUAAUUCAAGUCUGAGAACUUCUUAAAGAGGGCGAGGAGACGUUUCCCAAGUCUCUCUGGGAGUUGUGUUGGGGUUCAGGACUUCUGGGUGAGGAUCGGGGCUCAUAGAGAGGAGACGAACAAACAAACAAACACAGGAUGACGACUCUGACACUGGUGCUACUGGUCUUGGCUUUUACAUCUGCCACGGCGAUAAAGUCAAGAAGUCAGUUCACACGUUACCGCUCAUGGAACUCACGGAUGUAUCCGGUGUGGAAAGACGGAGACCCAAGAUUCAGGAACUGUUGGACUGGUGGUGAAGUAACUUUUGAUCUGAAAAAUGAUGCGCCCACCCUGACUGGAGCAAGAGCAACUUUCUCUAUCAAUCUUAAUUUCCCACCAAAUCAGACCGUGCGCUCUGACGGGCAGGUGGUCUGGGCAGAAAACUGCACCAUCAACGGACAACAGUAUCAGCAGGGUCAGGCUGUGUAUCCCGACCAGGACACUGAGCGGACUGGAGUUUUCCCUGACGGCACACCGCUCACCAGGAGCCAGAACAAGAAACCCCACUAUGUGUUUGUGUGGAAGACAUGGGGGCGUUACUGGCAGGUGGCAGAUGGGCCGUCCUCCUCCCUCUCUAUCGGUACAGACAACGUCCCCCUGGGCUCCUACAACAUGGAGGUUGUCAUCUAUCACUGCCGUGGCAAAGACAAGUUCAUCCCUCUUGGUUACGCCUCCACAACUUUCACAAUCACAGACCAGGUUCCCUUCACCAUAUCACUCGCCCAGGUCAAUGAUGUGAACGAGAACGACCAGAACUUCAUCCAGAACCGAGCCAUCGCUUUUAGCGUCAAGCUUCAUGACCCCAGCCAGUAUCUCAACACCGCUGACAUCAGCUUCAGCUGGGACUUUGGUGACAGCACUGGUACUUUGAUCUCCAGAGACCUCACUGUCACUCACACAUACCUCGCCGUCGGGACCUUCAAACCUCAGGUGGUCCUCAUGGCGAGCAUCCCCAAUGGCUGUGGAAAUCCCACAGCCGUUGUUCCUAUUGAUGCCUCUGCUGCUCCAGCAGUAGUAGUGAUGGCCUCCACCCCUGCAGCUGUCCCAGCAGCACCAGCUGAGGGAGGAGAUGCGAUUGCUCUGGAUGUUCCUGCAUCUGAUGCUACUCCUGUGCAGCCAGAAGAAGCAGCCACGAACACAGAAGAUGGAGAAGCAGUUGUUGAUACAGACACCGAGACAGUAGAGGUCGCCUCAGUAGCCCCCGCUGGAAUUGAUGCAGCUGUCGUCCCAGAGGAACAAGAUCCCGCCAACGCUGCUGCUGCAGAUGUUGUUGCAGAGGACACAGAUGCAGCAGCCGCUGCUGCCUCUGUUGCACCUGUAGCUGAAGAGCCGGCAGAUGCUGAAGUAGCUGCUGCAGAUGAAACUGCAGUGGUUACAGAUGCAGCUGAAGAAAAUGUGCCUGUGAUUGAUGCCGCCGCUGCUUCAGUUGCCCCUGUUGCAGAGGGGGAAGAAGUUGCAGCUGAGGUUGCUGAGACGGUCACUGUUGCUCCUGUUGCAGAAGGUGCUGCAGAGCAAGAAGCUGACGUGGCUGCUGAUACUGUGGCUGCUGAUACUGCUGCUGUUGAUGCUGCUGCUGUUGAUGCUGCAGUUGUUGAUGAUGCUGCUGCUGCAGAUGUUGCCGUUGAAGAUGCUGCUGCCGCCGAUGUUGAUGAUGCUGCUGCUGUUGAGGCAGCUGCUGUUGAUGCUGCUGCUGCCGAUGUUGCUGCUGUUGAUGCUGCCACAGAAGUUGCCCAAGCUGUAUCAGAGGCCCCUGCUGAUAACAUUGUACCUGCCGCCACUGAAACUACAAUUGUAGAAGAAGCAGCACCAGCUGAAACCGUCGCCGAUACCGAAGCUGAAGUACAGGCAACUGAGAAUGAAGUUGCAGCAACUGCAGCUCCUGCAGCGGUUGCUGAAGAGGCUGUCCCAGCUGAAGGUGAAGUCCAGGCAGAGGAUCCAGCACAGGUUGCCCUUGUUGUGGCUAAAAGACAAGCACCGGAGCUUACAGCUGACUGCAUGGUCUACCGUUAUGGCUCCCUCGCCACAUCUGUAGAUGUUGUCCAGGGUAUUGAAAGUGUAGAGAUUGUACAGGUGGCCAACGUUGUAGCAAUGGCGACUGAGUUGGAUCAGAACGCUGUGGACGUCACCAUCACAUGUCAGGGAAGUCUGCCAAGUGAGGUCUGCACAGUCAUUUCAGAUGCUGACUGUAUCACACCAGUGGAAACAAUCUGCAGUGCAGCCACACCCUCUCCAGACUGUCAAAUGAUCCUUCGUCAGUUCUUCAACGACUCUGGAGUGUUUUGCAUUAAUGUGUCCUUGACCAAUGAUGUCAGUCUCGCUGUGGCAAGUGCCAGAGUUAGCGUGACAGUAGCCUCUGGUGGUUCCCCAGCUGGAACCGCAGCCACAGUCCUGGGUGUUAUGGUUCUUGCCUGUGUCGUCUGUUGUAUUAGUUUGAUGUACAGGCGGUUCAAGCAGUACCAGCCACUAAGAGAAGACGGUGGUGACAACAGAGGAGGCAGCUCAGCGGUAACAUCAGCGCCUCUGCUGUUGUGGAACUUGUUGAGCCGACAGUCGCCAGGAGAGAGUCGGCCGUUGCUUCAGGGGAGGAUUGUGUGAAUAUCAUCACCAGCUCAUGCACUCAACAUCUACAAAGUCUGCUAAAAAAAUUGGCUUUAUGCAUGUAAUACUUUAACUGUAGCAGUAUUGUAACUCCCAUUGAAAUGUAUUGAACCAGAAACAGUGUGUCAAGAUAAGUGAACGCAAGUCCUCUGUGCAAGAGUGUGUGUGGAAAUAGAAAGGAGGAGGUGUAAUUAAAAAAGUGAAUUAAAAGUAUUGAAGCAUUUGUAGAGGAAAGUGAUAUUUAUUUUGACCUACAGUAUUUUUUAUUAAUUGGCACUGAUAGUUUUUAGAAGCCAUAACUUAUUGUCUUAUUUGUGGCCUACUUAUACUAAACCAAAUGGAAAAUCAAUGUUAACACAUUUCAGUUCAAUUUCUUUACCGUGUAAUUUAAAUCACUCACGUCACCGAACAUCGUUAUGUUUGCUACCCUGAAAUUAAUAAAACAAAACUUUAUC